GUGACGGUGCGGGUGAAGGUGGAGGACGUGGCCCCUGGGGACGAGGAGGACCCCGGAGCUUUGGGGGUCCCCCCGAGCCCCCCGUCGGAGCCCCCCCGGGAGGAGGCGGCUGAGGAGGAGAAGCCACGGGAAGGAGAUCCCACCACGGCCCGGGAGCCGCCCAUUCCCCAGCCCCACCACCGGCGAGGAGCCCCCCAGCGCCAAACCCAGCGAGACCCCACUGGCGGCGCGGCCGCGGCCCCGUCGGCGCGGCCGUACCCCUGCGGGCAGUGCGGGAAGAGCUUCGGCCGCCUGACCCACCUGAAGACCCACGAGCGGACGCACACGGGCGCGAAGCCGUACGGCUGCGGUGCCUGCGGCAAGCGCUUCGGCCACCUGUCCACGCUGACCACGCACCGGCGGCUGCACACCGGCGAGCGGCCCUACGGCUGCGGCGCCUGCGGCAAGAGCUUCACCAACCCCUCGGACCUCAACAAGCACCGGCGCUCGCACACGGGCGAGCGGCCGUACCCGUGCCCGGCCUGCGGCAAGCGCUUCAGCCAGCAGUCCAACCUGACCAUGCACCGGCGCAGCCACACGCAGGAGCGGCCCUACCCCUGCCGCGCCUGCGGCAAGAGCUUCAAGUACCUGGCGGACCUGACGGUGCACGAGCGCUCGCACACGGGCGAGCGGCCCUUCCCCUGCGGCCACUGCGGCAAGAGCUUCAGCAACAAGUCCUCGCUGGCGCGGCACGCGCGGAUCCACGCCCGGGCGGCCGCCAGGGACAAGAUUGGUCUAAACUGGGUCAAACACGGAUGAGGAUGGAUGUGAGCUGAUGGUUGACUCCACAAUCCCAUUCCCUGCUCCUGGAGAUCCAGCAGGGGUGGUGGGACCACGACCAUUGACACCCCCAUCACCUGGUGGCUCCAUGAUCCCAUUCCCUGCUCCCCAAGAUCCCACAGGGGUGGUGGGACCACGACCAUUGACACCCCCAUGAGCUUGGGGCCUCCAGAUCUUGGCUCCCUUCUCCUGGAGAUGGGAGAGGUGUGGUGGCCCCAGGAGUGUCCUGAGGGGCUCAAACAUGGAUCAGGAUGGACAUUUGAUGUCUCCCAUGACCUGGUGGCUCCAUGAUCCCAUUCCCUGCUCCCCAAGAUCCCACAGGGGC